GCCGGCACUUCCUGUUUAGGGUUCUUGCCUCUAACAAAGAUGGCGGAUGCAUGACAAGUUGCCCCAGAGCCGGGACUCAAAGGGUCGCUUUCUGAGGGCGUGGUGGCUACGAGAUGGAGGCCAGAGAUAAGCAGGUUCUUCGCUCCCUUCGGCUAGAACUGGGUGCAGAAGUCCUUGUGGACGGACUUGUUCUUCAGUAUCUCUACCAGGAAGGAAUCUUGACAGAAAACCAUGUUCAAGAAAUCAGAGCCCAACCCACAGGCCUCAGGAAGACCAUGAUGCUGUUGGACAUUCUCCCUACACGUGGCCCCAAAGCCUUUGAUACCUUCCUUGAUUCCUUGCAGGAAUUUCCCUGGGUGAGAGAGAAACUGGAGAAAUCCCGGGAGGAAGUCUUCCAAGAAACAUGCUCAGGUGACCAGGCAUCUCUGAUUCCUUCCCACAUUCUGAAGAGCUCACCCUCUGAUCAGCAGAUUAACCAGCUGGCCAGAAAGCUGGGCCCGGAGUGGGAGCCCAUCGUGCUGUCCCUGGGCCUGUCACAGAGGGACAUCUACCGCUGCAAGGCCAACCACCCCUACAACGUGCAGUCGCAGAUUGUCGAGGCCUUCGUCCAGUGGAGGCAGAAGAACGGGAGCCAGGCAACCAUCCAGAGCUUACAGAAGGGUCUGGUGGCCGUGGACAUCGACCCUUCUGUGCUCCAGCACAUGUUAGAGUAAACGCCUUCGUCACUUUCUGAGUUCCCAACAAAUCCAAUGUGCCGAGCCAUUAGACUUUUCUGCAAGGCAGGUGUCUUACAGCGUUCUUUUCUCAAUUAUCUGUAGAUGAAAUGGAAUGAGGUUUCAACUUGACAGCUUGUUCUUACGGCCAGACUUCUUAAUGUGUCUUAGCUGUUUCUGAAAUAUUCCUAAUUUUUUUUAAUUGCAUGAGGAAAUGAUUGGUUUUUGACUUGAGAAAUUACUGGGUUUUUUUUAAAUGUGAUAUUAUUGCAACAAACAUAAACUUUAUAUGUUAGACAUGCUUUUAAAAUUGGCUGUGAAUGAAAUCGUUAUCCUUUAUAAUCAUAUUAUCAUUAAUAAUGAUUACUUUCAUCAAUAAAAAAAUGAUUUGCUACUUCCAGAGGUCAUUAUUUUUUUUUUUCUUCUCCUUAGACUGAAUAGGUUAAGGAUGCAAAAUUCUCCUAGCUAAUGAGACUUUAAAAGAGACUGUAUGAUAUAGGGGAUAAAACAAUGUCUUUGGAGUCAGGAGAACCUAUUUCAAAUCUGGAUAUAUACUGUCUCUGUGACCUUGGACAAAUCACUGAAAUCUAUCAUUUUCUCCAGGAAAUUCUCCAAGAGUAUAAAUUGCAGAGGAGGUCUUACAUUAGUAGAAAGAGUUCUUGUACUAAAAAGAACCAAAAAAAAUCAUAGAUCCAAUAAUAAUAAUAAUAAUAAUAAAAUUCUUUAAAUGGAAUAGAUAGCAUUUAUUCAACCAACCAACAUUUAUUAGAUGCCUACUAUGUUUCAGCUGAGAUGUCAUACUAGAGAUACAAAGGCACCGCCCACUCCCCCAAGGCAUUUACAUCCUGAAGGGAAAGGGGAUGGAAGAAUCAUGUAGAAAGUGAGUAAAUACAAAUGUGUCACAGUGAGUGGAGCCCUCACAAGUUCAAAUUCAGCUUUAUAUGCUUCCUAGCUGGAUAACCCCUAAGUCAUUUAACCUCUGCUUGUCUCAGUUACUUCAUCUAUAAAAAUUAAUAAUGAUAGCAUGUACUUCCCAAGGUUACCGUGAGGAUUAAAUGACACAAUAUUUGUAAAGUCUUUGCAAACCUCUAUUAAUGCUAUUAUAACACUGACAUUGGCCCUGUUUUCUUACUGCAGAAAGAAGCCCGAGUGUGGUCUCAGUAUCACAUUUCAGUGAGUCUGGCUCUCUGCAAAGGCUCAGGUUGGUGAUCAGGCCCGGCAGCCACUCAAUGCUGCUAUUCAAAGAUUAUUCAAUUAAGUGCCCUAUAGGUUACUGCUAAGGCAGUGCAGGUGAGGAGCAAAAGGACCCUGGUCACUGGUUGAAAUUCUAAGCAUUGAGCUUGGGCUUUGCAUGGGCGGAGCCAACCCCUGUCCUUUUAUUAAUAGUUCCUGUCUAUUGUUUGGCCCAUUUGCAAAGCAUCUUCCCAUCUGUUAUGGGAAGCCCUAUGAUGACCCAACAGGAACAGGGAUGUCAUCUCCAUCUUACAAAAAUUGAGGCUUAGGUGUAAUGAUUUAUCCAAGGUCAUGUGGCUAGGGGAUAGCAGAGCUGGACUCCAUGUCUUUGGGCUCCGAAUUCAGUGGGGCUUCUAUUAUACUAUCAAUCUUUCUCUCAUAUACUAAUCAAAUGUUAAGAAUAGUGACUAGGAUGAAUAGUGACUUCAAUCAGCUAUUCCAAAGCUCCUUUAAUGGCACCUAUUUUAUGCUAGGAACAAAUGCUAGAUACCAAGACCAAACUUGAAGAAUACCCACCCUCAAGGAACUCCCAUUUAACUAAGUCUAAAGAAGGCUGAAAAAGGAGGGCCUGUGUUUGAAUCUCAUUUCUUAUUAGGUUUAAACAUGUGUUUUCAUCAGGAUUUGCUUGGGCCCAGUCUCCUCAGGAGAGGGAGAGAGAGAGGUUCCAAUAACAAUUAAGCAUUACAUGUACCUUCUUAAAAAUAUCAAUUCUGACUCAAACAAUAACUGAAAUCAUCCGAGGAUAAAUAUUAAUUCUCUGCCUUUAAAUGGUAAACAUCCUAAGAUGAGGAAUGAUCCUUCUCCAAAGGAAGACAAAUUGUAGAGUGUGUGUCCAGAAGAAGGGAACCUCUAAUAGUAUUUCUUCAGAAAGCUGAAAUACUUUUAGAAAAAAAAUUAAUAAAAAGAAAACCAGAUCUAGGAUGGUGAUGAGCUUCUUUAGUUAAAAGUGAUUAUUUACAAUGAUAGGCUCACUCACUUCUUCUCAGUUGUGUAGACUUGACUCCUCAUCCAUGAUUAAUCAAUCAACUAAUUAAUCAUCUCAUCAAUUUGCUUGUAACCCUCUGCAUAAGAUCACAGCUUGUCCUCCUUCUUCUGAAUCUCAAAUAAAUGUACACAUCCAUUUAAAACCUCCA